CUUUAUUUUUCAAUUUUCAAUACUUAGCGACUACUUCGUAGAUCUCUCUCUCUCUCUCUCUCUAGACUCGCCCAAAACCCAACCAUGGCGAAUACAGGGAAUUUAGACGCGGCGAUAGAGCAAUUACUGAACGUAGAGAAGCAGAUGAGGCUCGCCGGUGACGUGGCCGGCACCAGAAAGGCCGUUACCGACAUCUUGCAGCUCUGCUUUGACGCGCGAGCAUGGAAAACCCUCAAUGAUCAGAUUAUCGUAUUGUCCAAACGACGCGGCCAGCUUAAGCAGGCUGUAACAGCUAUGGUCCAGCAGGCUAUGCAAUAUAUUGAUGAGACACCAGACGUUGAAACUCGUAUUGAACUAAUCAAAACAUUGAACAGUGUAUCUGCAGGGAAGAUAUAUGUUGAGAUUGAGAGAGCUAGGUUGAUCAAGAAACUUGCAAAGAUUAAAGAAGAACAAGGGCUUAUAGCUGAAGCAGCUGAUUUGAUGCAAGAAAUUGCGGUGGAAACUUUUGGUGCCAUGGCAAAAACUGAGAAAAUUGCAUUCAUCCUCGAACAAGUCCGUUUGUGCCUAGACCGCCAGGAUUAUGUUCGUGCACAAAUACUCUCAAGAAAGAUUAGUCCAAGAGUAUUUGAUGCUGAUGCAUCUAAGGAAAAGAAAAAGCCUAAAGAAGGUGAUAAUGUUGUUGGAGAGGCUCCUGCAGAUAUACCAUCUCUGCUGGAGUUGAAGCGGAUCUAUUAUGAACUAAUGAUUAGGUAUUAUUCCCAUAACAAUGAUUAUCUUGAAAUUUGCCGUUGCUACAAGUCAAUAUAUGAGAUUCCGUCUGUCAAAGAAAACCCUGCCGACUGGAUUCCAAUCCUGAGGAAAAUAUGCUGGUAUUUGGUUCUAUCUCCCCAUGAUCCAAUGCAGUCAAGCCUUCUCAAUUCUACCUUGGAGGAUAAGAAUCUGUCUGAGAUUCCAAAUUUUAAGCUACUUUUGAAACAGCUGGUCACCAUGGAGGUCAUCCAAUGGACGAAUCUUUGGGAUACAUAUAAGAAUGAGUUUGAGAAUGAGAAGAUCUCUGGGAAGUCUCUGGGUGAAAAAGCAGCAGAUGAUUUGAGGCAAAGAAUAAUUGAGCAUAAUAUUCUUGUUGUAUCAAAAUACUACGCAAGGAUUACUUUGAAGAGACUUGCAGAGCUUUUGUGUCUCAGUGUACAGGAAGCCGAGAAGCACCUCUCAGAUAUGGUCGUGUCUAAGGCACUGGUGGCAAAGAUUGAUAGGCCAAUGGGAGUAGUUUGUUUCCAAACAGCAAAGGAUAGCAACGAUAUUCUUAACUCAUGGGCAGCAAACUUGGAGAAACUGCUUGAUCUUGUGGAGAAGAGCUGUCAUCAAAUACACAAGGAAACCAUGGUUCAUAAAGCUGUUUUGAAGGUUUAAGACGGUCCUUAUCAACAAUUACAGUAAUGGGGGCACCUCAAUAUGGAUGUGAUUUUGGACUAAAAUCGUCUUUUCAGGGAUGUUCAUUUGAAUCGUCACCAAUUGGGUUGAUGAAGAAUUGCAUUAAACGAUCCCUUUUUCGUUUUAUAUUUUUGUCAUUCAUGCGUUCAGGGUAGAGCUGGAUAUAUGCUUCUUAGUACUGACAGUAACAUUGUUGUAUACUGCUGCCACAUACCACUGGCUUAUGACAGGACCAUAAACGGUCUUGUUUGCAGCAGUGGCAAGAAAUUGAGUGCUUAUUUUUAUUCUUUUUGUCUGGCUAAAUCUUCUUUUGGACCUUUCGGUCGCUAAUUUCAUUUUCUUGUGCAAUAGGAUGUG